CCCAUUCUUCUCUCAUUCUACAAUUCUUCCAACCAAAACUUACAUCAAAACAAAAAAGGCCAAAGGAAGAAGAAAGAAAACGGAUUCACCACGAAAUCGGAGCGAUUAAGAGAAUUUGAUAUGGAUAACUUUGAUCUUCAGGACCCAUUGACAAGGAUAGAAGAACAACAAUCCGAUACAAUUUCAGUUCUCUUCUCUUCAGAAUCUGAUCACAUGCCUUCUCACAACUACUUUCAAUGUUUAAAGACCGGUGGCUUCCACGUUUCUUUCCGACGGGAAGCCAUUUCUCUCAUUUUGAAGGCGCAGUAUUCUUGUAACCUUGAUCUCUACACGCAAUACCUGGCGAUUAACUACAUUGAUCGGUUCAUCUCUUGGCAAGAAAUCCCGCAAAGUAAUCCAUGGGUUUUGAGGCUCCUUGCGAUAGCUUGCAUUUCUUUGGCUGCAAAGAUUAAGGAAAUACAUUUCUCCUUCUCUGAUUUCCAGAGAGAAGAAAGAUUCAUAUUUGAUACCCCAGCUAUCCAACGAAUGGAGCUUCUGGUUCUCGAUGCCUUGAAAUGGCGAAUGAGAUCAAUAACACCCUUCUCCUUCAUCACUUUCUUCGUAUCUUUGUUCGAGCCAAAAGAUCCGCCUUUCCCACAAACAUUAGAAGACAGAGCAACAAAUAUAAUCUUCCAAGCUCGUAAUGAAAUCAAUCUGCUAGGGUACAAACCAUCGGUGAUCGCAGCAACGGCUCUUCUUCUGGCAUGUCAUGAGCUAUUCCCGUUGCAGUUUCCUUUUUUCAAAACCUCAAUUUUGUCUUGUGAAUAUGUAAACAAAGAGAUGGUGCUGAAAUGCUUUAAUGCGAUGCAAGAGAUGGUGAGUAACGAAGUGAGCGAAUCAAUGGUAGAUGUGGUGUCAAGCUCAAGCACAAGAACCCCAGUAAGUGUAUUGGACUGCCACUGCAACAAAUCAGAAAGCGAGAGUGCCAACAGCCACCGUUACGACUGAGCGUCGCAAACUGAA